CAAAGAAGAUUCUGUCCAAGCCUUAUCAAGAGAAAUAUAAGAGCUUUGUGUUCCCGUAAUAUGAUGGAAGGAAGGGCAACACUAUGGAGCAUGUCAACAAGUUCCUUGAUGCUAUGGGGGCUCACGUUGGCGAUAGAGAUUUGUGCCUAUGUGAGUUCUCAAAGUCUCUCUCUAAUAGAGCUUACAGAUGUGAAUUGCGCAUCACCAUCCUUGAUCUUCACAACACUUGCCAAUGCACCGGUGAGGAUUUAAUGAUCUAUGUAAAGAGGUUUAAGGACUUGGCCCUUGAUUGCUAUGAAGGCCAUGCUGAAUCCUUCAUGGAGAUUUGCAUCAACAACAUAACGGCCAUUUCUGUUAAAGCCAUCUCCAUUGGAAAGUCUGUAGCGAAGUCGGCAAAAAGGAAAGCUACUGCUCACACUUUGGUUGUCUCAGUCUAUGGCCAAGGACAAGGUCAAAAAAAGAGAGACUACGACACAGCAUCACCACUGCCCAUUCCUUUAACUAUUAAAGAACUUGAUGUGCUCUUAGAUCAGUGGAUCACUAAUGGUGCCAUCACACUACCUCAAUCGCAUCACAAGCCCAACGAUGAUGACAAGCACAACCCUAAGUAUUGUCGCUACUAUCACUUUGUCCAUCAUGUAACCAUGGACUGUUUUUCCUUGAGAAGGAUAUAUCAUCGACGGGUUUCAGAAGCAUUGUUAGAAGUGCCGAAUAGAAGACAGAGGGUGGAUGAGGAUCCUUUCCUACUAUAUAACCAAAGUGUUGUCAAGGUUCUCACUCAUGUAGAGAGCAUUAGACUUGGUUUCACUACCAAGGCACAACAAAGAGCCAUGGAGGCCAUACUCUCCAUUACCAAUGAGACUAGAGGAGAAUGCCUUAACGUAGAAACACAUGCCAGCCAUGCUUAUCUUGAGUCUUCCAAUGCCAUUAACUCUAUUGGUGUUAGGCCUACACUUGUUGAUACAAGAUCCUCUCUCAACCUGAUACCGUUGAGCACCAUCAUCAUUGCAAGAAGCCCCCAACAAAGAAUCGUUAGCGAAGCAGAAUGCUUCACUCUUGAGGCUGGAAAUAAAAUACUUACUGGGCAUCUAAAUUCUUUUGGCAAAGCUGAUCAUCUAGUACCGCUAAACAAGCUACCAACCCUUCAUGAGGCUCAACCAGUGAUCACUUCCCUGGAGUUCUUUGAAGCUAUUGCUCUUAGAGAUGAUCUAGUGAACCCCAAACAUGCACAUAUCAGGCUUGACCCAGCUUUAGUUGCGCAUUCUUUAAACAUUGAUCCUAAUAUGAAACCAGUUGUGCAGCCAAAUCGCGCCUUCCAUCUAGAAGUUACUCUCAAAAUUAAAGAAGAGGUUGAGAAGCUCUUGGCUAUUAGGUGUUGCAUUGAUUUUCGUGACCUCAACAAGGCAUGCCCUAAAGAUGAAUUCUCUGUCCUAAAUAUGGAUGUGCUGAUGGACAACAUUGUUGGUAGCAAAAUGUACUCUCAUAUGGAUGGCAGUAGCGGAUAUAACCAAGUCAGUAUGUGCCCUAACAAUGCAGAGAAAACUAUUUUCCACACUCCUAUUGGUUUGAUCCUUGGCCAAGUUCAAGGUUCCUUCGUUGUCCAAAAAGAACAUCUCGCGCCAUAUCGUUCUUACAGCCACAACUUGGAGCAGUCCUUCACCAGCAUAAGAAAUGAGCAGGUACCACAGAUGAAGAACCGAUUGGCUGAUUCCUUAGCCACAAUCGCUUCAAAGCUUCAUCACCUAUCAUUGACGGAAUCUCAGAAAGUUAUGGUCGAAAUACAUGCAGGGGAAUGUGGCAAGCAUCAAGGAUGGAGAAAGUUGCAUGAGCAGCUUUUAGCUCACGGCUAUUACUGGCUAAGCAUGAAGCAAGACACUGCCAAUUUCAUCCAGCAAUGCCACACUUGCCAAGUUCAUCUUAGUCUCAUUCAUUCCCAUCCUAAUUUAUUACAAGAUAUGAAGACUCCUUGGCCUUUUCAUACUUGGGGCUUGGAUCUCAUCGGCCCUAUCCAUCCCUCAUCCGAGGGUUAUAUUUAGAUAUUGGUGGCCAUUGAAUAUUUCACCAAGUAGGUGGAAGUUGUCCCUCUUCGCAAGGCUAUAGGUCCAAUGAUGUCGAACUUCAUCAAGGAAUACAUAAUUUGUCGCUUUGGGAUCCCAUACAAAAUUGUAAAUGACAAUGGAACUCCUUUUGUUAAUCAACAUGUGCGAAGAUU